AUGGGCGUCCAUCGUCACCUCGGCCUCGGCGGCGCCGUGCAUCUUGGGAACAACCGCCUCGUCAUCCGCCUACCGGACCUCUGCCUCGUCCGGCUCAUCGCACGGUCGGUUCUCCUUGCCGCUACCGUCUUCUCCUUUGCCGCCGUCCUCCAGUACGGUGACGGCGAUCGAUCAGGCGAUGCGGGCGCUAGCUUCCUGCCGAACCGCCUCAGCUUCCUUGGCCGGCGCGGCCUGCUCCGAGCCGAGGACCACGACUUCUUCCUCCGCGAUGCAAGCAAGGGAGGUGCAGAGGCGUUACCCUCUGACUUUGUAAUAUCCGCCUCGGCCGGCGAUUUCGAGCGUGCCGACCUCGCGGCCGUCCGAUUGGGACGCGACCCAUCGGAAUCCUUCCGGACACCGGUGAACUACGCCGUGGAUUAUAUCGGACAGACCGGUUCCGCCGCCAUGGUGGCGAUGCUGAAGAAGACUACAAUCGACGGGGGCCUGAGAGUUCGACGGCUUCUGUCUGUCCCGGUGGCAAAGAAAGAGGCGCUGAGCGGGCUAGAAGAAGUACUUCUGGAGCCUCCGGGUCCGGGGCGGCUGGGAUGGCGGCGGAAGGCGAGGUACCUACCGGUGCUGACAGGGGACGCGCUGGACGGUUACCCUCGUCGGGUUUUCGUGGAGGUGGCCCCAGCCGGCGCAUCCGGGAACGGCGCGGCGUGGUUCGAGCGCAACUACCCGACGAUGGGGCGUGCCUUCGAGUUCAUCCACGUGGAGGUGAAGGAGGAGGAGGCGACGGCGGAAGCGGAGCCAGAGGCGGGAACCCCAUCGCUGGCGGAGUGGCUGGAGCGGAACGUGAAGGAGGAGGAGUACGUGGUGGUGAAGGCGGACGCUACGGCGGUGGAGGAGGUGGUAGGGGAGGGAUCGAUCGGGUUGGUGGACGAACUGUUCCUGGAAUGCGACCACCAGACGGGAGAGACGGAGGAGGACGAGGCGAAGAUGGGCCGCCGCCGCCGCCCGUACUGGGAGUGCCUGGCGCUCUACGGCAAGCUGAGGGACGCCGGCGUGGCGGUUCAUCAAUGGUGGAGCUUUUAA